CUGCAAUGAUCACGUGACUACGGCAAAGCGUCAGCACACUGUUGUAAACACUGCUUCAUUUUUCACAACACAAGCGCUGAAGUGUUACCUCACUAUCAGCUACUUUUUAUACCUCCGUUACAAACCCUUUUAAAAUCAUGACACAGCAGCGGGGAGUCAACAGCCUACAGUUUAAUCAAGACCAAAGCUGUUUCUGUUGUGCAAUGGAAACUGGAGUUCGAAUUUACAAUGUGGAACCCCUCAUGGAAAAAGGACACCUAGACCAUGAUCAAGUUGGCAGCAUCAGUCACUGUUCUAUGCUACAUCGUUCAAAUCUCUUGGCUUUGGUGGGUGGGGGUAUUAACCCCAAGUUUUCAGAGAUAUCUGUGUUAAUCUGGAAUGAUGCUCAUGAGACCAGAGAUGCCAAGGAUAAAUUAGUCCUAGAGUUUACAUUUACAAAGCCAGUUCUGGCAGUGCGCAUGAGGCAUGACAAAAUCAUCAUUGUCUUGAAGAACAGGAUCUAUGUAUAUAGUUUCCCAGACAACCCUGUGAAACUCUUUGAAUUUGACACUCGAGAUAAUCCAAAAGGUCUAUGCGAUGUGUGUCCCAGUAUGGAGAAGCAAUUACUGGUAUUCCCUGGACACAAAUGUGGUAGUUUACAGUUGGUGGACCUUUCUAACACGAAACCUGGUACAUCAUCUGCACCAUUCACUAUUAAUGCACACCAGAGUGAAAUAGCUUGCUUGGCUCUGAACCAGCCCGGCAGUGUGGUAGCUUCUGCAUCUCAGAAGGGUACUUUGAUUCGUCUGUUUGACACUAUUACACGUGACAAACUAGUGGAGUUGCGAAGAGGAACUGAUCCUGCCACAUUAUACUGCAUUAACUUCAGCCAUGACUCGUCUUUCCUGUGCGCUUCUAGUGACAAAGGCACUGUUCACAUUUUUGCAUUGAAAGAUACCAGACUGAAUCGGCGCUCUGCUUUGGCUCGGGUGGGAAAGGUUGGGCCAGUCAUUGGACAGUAUGUAGACAGUCAGUGGUCUCUGGCCAGUUUUACUGUGCCAGCUGAAUGUGCUUGCAUUUGUGCCUUUGGGAAAAACACUUCCAAAAAUGUCAACUCUGUCAUUGCGAUUUGUGUUGAUGGGACAUUCCAUAAAUAUGUCUUCACAUACGAUGGAAACUGCAAUCGGGAGGCUUUUGAUGUGUAUCUUGAUAUUUGUGAUGAUGAUGAUUUCUAAAGAUGAAUAUGAUUUUUUUGUUAUUAAGCCUUAACUUCAAAUGUUUAUUGUUCAUGUACAAACAAAAGCAGAAUACACAAAAAGAAACAAAAUUGUGCUUGCUAUGCAUAAAACUUUGUGACUUAGUGGCACUUAGACAAACAAAAAGGUUUUCUGUCCAGUUGUGAUGAGCCUGUGCACAUGAUUGCCUCACAUUCUGCUCAUGCCUAAAAGGAGUGGAAACCGAUGCGGUCCUCAGUAUUACACCCACCCAGAGGAGUGUUUAAGUUACUUUUGUCCUUCAUUGUAUCUCAAAUCUUGACAUUUUCCAAUGACCUUUUAUCAACAAGGCAUUUCCUUUUUGUGUUCAAUUUACUCUGUUUUUUUUUUUUUGUUUUUUUUUUUAAACUGUGAGAAGGAAUUUCACACCAUAAAAAAUCUGGAGACUGUUGAAUGUGAAAAUCCAAGGAGCAAUUUUUUAAAUACUCAAACAAGCCCAUCUGUCACACACACCUACAGUCUUUCUAAGAAGUAUUUUCAGCACUUUACCUUUUCCACAUUUUAUGUUAGAAUCUUAUUCCAAAUUGGAUUGAAUAAUUCACAUUAUUUUCCUCCAAAUGAUGCCCCAUAAUGACAGUGUAAAAGAAGUUUGUUUGAAAUCUUUGCAAAUUUAUUAAAAAGAAAGAAAAAUCACAAA